CUCCCUGCUGGCCGGCUCUGCCUCCCAUCUGUCGUUUGCUCCGGCCCAUGCAAUGAGUUUCUUUGACCAACUUCGCCAGACCCUGGCGGGCUCGAUCGGCCUGCCGGUCGCCCAGCAGAACCUGCAGAACCACCCGUCGCUGCACUUCCACUCGGCUCCUCUCACUCGUCUCGGGCUUCCCAAGGACGCCCGCCCCCUGGCGCUGUGCUUUGACCCCAUCCAGUCGCUGCUCUCCGUGGCUCUGUCGAGCGGCCAGGUUCAUGUCGUAGGAGCCAAAGGCAUCGAGUCCUUUAUCAACAUUAAUGCCGCCCAUUCGGCAUCAGCCGUCCAGGCCAGCCCGGCUCUCGAGCCGAUUCCCGUCAGGAGUAACACCGUCCAGCUGCUGCAGCAUCGGCUUGGCGACAAGUUCCUGGUCCUGACCGACACCGACAACGCCGUCUAUGCUGUGGACUUCGUUACAUCCGCUCUAGGCCCCUCGGUUCGUUUAGCCGAGACCAUCUCCUGCAUCUGCACCCCGGCGCUCUCCAAGUUUGUCUUUGUCGGCACCGCCAAGGGCUCCGUCCAAGCCAUCGACACAAAGCGGGGCGAACUUUCGCCCUUCUCAAUCCCACUGCCCCAGGGCGACGACCUCAGCCCAUCCGCUGUCGUCGCGCUCGAGUGCAAUCCAUCCGAUUCCAACAUCCUCCUUGUCGCAUACCAGAAUGGCUUCAUCGUGCUGUGGGAUCUGGAGCAAAACAAGCCGUGGAAGCAGUUCAACGUCAACUCCAAGGCCGUUGGUCUCUCCCUGGACGGGCCCGGUGCCUCCUCUUCGGCGCCGCGGCUCACUGCAGCUGCAUGGCGGCCCGAUGGACAGCAGUUUGCGGUCGUCUGGAGCGGGCUCCUGGUUUUCUGGAACAUCAAGGACGGCUGGUUCGACGGCAUCGCCGAGAAGAAGCCCUCCUGGGUCACCAAUGCACAGUUCUCCGAGAAGCUUCCCAAGGCCGGCGGCGGCGGGUCUUUGCCCUCUGAGACCAUCGACGGCCUGGUCUGGUCGCCGGUUGAUCCGGACAACAGCUUGCUGGUCUUUGGCCACCGCGGCCACCUCACGGCCGUUGCAGUCUCGCACACGGCCAAGGACUCUCCAAAGAGCCCCGCCAAAAUCCACGUCGUUCCGCUCGAGCGACAGGAUCGAAUCAAGGACUUUGUCGUUGUGCCUCCAUCGGCGACCGGUCCAACUGCGGCAGCCGUGGUCCUCUUCGGCUCGGGCCAGAUUGCGGCGUAUAGCCUGGAGCCGCCGUUCCGGACCCUGGAAAUUUCUCCCUCGCUGUCGCUGGCUGCCUCGACCGACCAGGGAUUGGAUAUUUCCUUCUCCGAGGCUCCUGACACCCUCGUCUACGACCUGCGACUGGCCCCACCUGCAACAGAUCCGCCCCUGGGUCUCGGGGGCGGUCGACAUGUCCCUCUAUCCACGGCCCAGAACUGGGACGUUGUCUCGAUCAUCGACCACCAGGGUCUUUUGUGGUUCUGGCACGCCUGUGCACCGACCCCCAAGCCGCUCUCGGUUUUCGACGUCUCGCCGUACUUGCCCGCCAACGAAACCGGCUUUCGUGUGGCUCUGGACAUGGGCAUGCAAAUCUGCACGGUGGUCUCGGGCGAACAUGUCCUGGUGCUCAAGUUCCUGUCGUCGCGGGAUAUCAAGCGAAUCACAUCACCGGAUGCCCAAGUCGACGACCUCGACAUGGGUGCCAUCAUGAGCGCCAUGGAUGACGCUGUUGACCAGGCCAUCGCCAUGCACGCCGGUGACGAUUUCGACCCUGAGCCUGAGCCCGGCAGCGCCGGUGUGCCGAGCCAGGGGCCUGGUCGGUCGCACUCGAUCCACUCUGAUGACGAUAUUCGCGCCAUUGCUGCCGAUGACGGCGAGGAAGCCUCCGCAGAGGACAUCGACGCCAAGGAGGCGGCCCUGUGGGAUGUCGGUGCCCCGCCACUACCACCCAAGGACUCGCCUCCCGAGAGCGUCAGCGUUCAUCUGGAUUAUCCCAUGAAGACCUCGGCGCCCGGAUGGAACCCAUUCAUCCGCAUCUCGCACAACGACGGACAGAACGUUUGCUCUGACUUUAGUCCCGUAGUCCGGCUAUCCGCUGUCGCAUCCACCUCUGGCGUCCUGACAAUCUUGAACGUCGUCGACGGCAGCAUUCUGUAUUCCGACUUUGUGCUAUUCUCAGCGACAUCGGAGCCGUCCUCUCCCACAGGCCUGCUGCAGCAAGAGGCCGGAGCACCGUUGCAGAUCAAGAUCCUCCAUUUCGCCGACGCCUGCUGUCCCAACGAACCCGAGCCGCGCCCCUGUCUGUUUGUGGGCAUGCAAGACGGCAUCCUUGUGCAAUAUGGCAUCUAUCAAGACGCGGAGGACGGCACUAUUACUUUUGGCAAAUUUGUCAUCUAUGCACCCAGGAAGAGUGCGGGUGAUCCGCUGCUGAUCAAGCUCCUCGACGGAAACGGCAACAUUCGCUCGUGCCACACGCCACUCGACAAAGUUGGGAACGGCGCCCAGGCAGCCACGAACCCAGAGGAACUGGAGCGAUACAUCAUUUUCGCGACCACGGAUGGGAUCCGGGUGAUCCUAAGCGAACCGCGAAGAGCCCCGCAAAAGAUCAGCUCGGUCAACCUCGAAGCAAGAGCCGGACAGAGGGCUCAACAGCCGUCGCUGAUCAAGGCCGCGAUUGGCAAGUGCGACGAAUCGAUUUGCCUCGUGGGCAUAGUGCCCUCGGGCGAUCUUCGUUUCUGGGAGCUUCCUCAGGCAAACGAAAUAUGGCAGGUCCAAACAGCCGCAAUCAACCUCGGCUUUGAUUACGAAAGGUCAUCCGUCCACGUUACCAAAGACAGCCGCCUGGUCCUCACCGACCCAUACCAGGUGGCAGCAUUUGCGCUACUUCAAGACACAAGCAGAUUUGCCAGCCAAGAAACCAAACUCUUCGAUCAGGUCAAGUACUCGCAGUGGUCGCGGGACCGAACAGCCAAGGCGACCCUCGAAAACAACGCUCAUCUUGUGAAGCCUGCUGCACCUUCAACGCCUCCAAAGUCUGCCGACGGUAGCUCCAGCGCCUUCUCAGAGGCACAGCUCAAGCUGAACGAGCGCGGCGAAAAGCUGGAGCAGCUGGAGCAAAAGUUUGGCGAGCUCUCGAAUGCGUCAAAGUCGUUUGCAGACACUGUCCGAGAGUAUAACGAGAAGCAAGCCAAGAAGAAGUGGUGGGAGUUUUAGGCCCCCCACUUCCUCCUUGAGGACGAGCGAGGAAGCUGGACGAUG